AAUCAAGUGAUGUUCCGCUGAAACUAACAGAUAUAAAAUGAUAUCGAUUUCUCAGGUUCCUCAUUGUUCUCUAAUUUGUCGAGAAUAGUGGUAAACAUGAAAUUAUUAAUUCUAUUCCUCGCCUUGGUUGGAUUCUGCGCAUGCGACGACAUAUACACUGACAGAUACGAUGAUAUAAACGUAGAUGAAAUCAUAGGGAACCGCCGCCUCCUCCUACCAUAUAUCAAGUGCAUACUCGAUAAGGGAAGAUGUACGCCUGAAGGAAAGGAACUGAAAGUACAUAUAAAAGACGCUAUGCAAACGGCUUGCGCCAAAUGUACUCCUCUGCAAAAACAGAAGGCUAGACAAGUUGUGAAACAUAUAAGGACAAACGAAGAAGAGUAUUGGAAGCAAAUGAUCUCCAAGUACGACCCAGAAGGCCAAUAUCAGAGCAUCUAUGAGCCUUUCUUAGCAGCCGAAGAUCAGCCAGACCAACCUACAACCGAUGACGCAUCUACAUCGUCAUAGAUGUAAAAUACGUGUAAAAACAUAAUGCGAACUUGAGACUGUAAAUUCUCGUAUUCGUUAAAAUUAAAACAAUAAUUUUAACUUUUUGUUUACCGAUUCAUGUUCUGAAAACACAUGUAUUGAAUAUUGAAAUUAAUCUAAAACUAAUCGUUCGCAAACUAAGACCUCGCGAUCACUAAAUUUUUUUAUAAAUUAGGAAUGUUUCAAAAAUUACUGAACCGAUUUUCAUGCCCUACGUUAAUUCUAUUGACAGAUUCUACACCCAUUUAACAUUUCAUCAAAAUCUGACUAACGGUUUAAAAAUUAUCGUAUUAUAUUAAAAAAGUAAUGUUUCUUACG